GACCAGCUUGUGCGCAGAUUGCUGGACCCAGACCAGCCUCUGGGGAUUUAGCCUGCCCUGCAAAGAAAGAAUACAAGAAGCACAGCUGGCACUCUGAGGAGGUGAGCCGCAGGCUGCACUUGCAGAGCAACGAUGGAGGAAAAAACUCAAGAGGGGACAGGGGAGCUGACAUUGGUCCUUGCUCUGGCAACGCUCAUCGCCGCCUUUGGCUCAUCCUUCCAAUACGGGUACAACGUAGCUGCCGUCAACUCUCCCUCAGAGUUCAUGCUGCAGUUUUACAAUGACACCUACUACGACAGAAAUGAGGAGACUAUUGAGUCCUUCACCUUGACGCUGCUGUGGUCCCUGACGGUGUCCAUGUUCCCCUUUGGGGGCUUUAUAGGUUCUCUCAUGGUUGGAACCUUGGUGAAUAAAUUGGGCAGAAAAGGGGCCCUGCUGUUCAACAACAUAUUCUCCAUCCUGCCAGCCAUCUUAAUGGGGUGCAGCCAAAUUGCCCAAUCGUUUGAGCUAAUAAUUAUUUCCAGACUUCUGGUUGGAAUCUGUGCAGGUAUCUCUUCCAACGUGGUCCCUAUGUACUUAGGGGAGCUGGCCCCAAAAAACCUGCGAGGGGCUCUGGGAGUGGUCCCACAACUCUUCAUCACUGUCGGCAUCCUUGUGGCCCAGCUGUUCGGCCUUCGGAGUCUCUUGGCAAAUGAGGAUGGCUGGCCAGUUCUCCUGGGUCUAACUGGAGUCCCUGCAGGCCUUCAGCUGCUCCUCCUCCCCUUCUUUCCCGAGAGCCCCCGCUACCUGCUGAUUCAGAAGAAGAAUGAGUUAGCUGCUGAGAAAGCCCUCCAGACCCUCCGAGGCUGGAAAGACGUGCACCUAGAGAUGGAGGAGAUCCGGAAGGAGGAUGAGGCUGAGAAGGCGGCGGGCUUCAUCUCUGUGUGGAAGUUGUUCACUAUGCAGUCCCUCCGUUGGCAACUCAUCUCCAUGAUUGUCCUCAUGGCUGGCCAGCAGCUGUCGGGAGUGAACGCGAUCUACUACUACGCCGAUCAGAUCUACCUCAGCGCAGGCGUGAAAAGCGACGACGUCCAGUAUGUGACAGCUGGGACUGGGGCUGUCAAUGUGUUCAUGACCGUCCUCACGAUCUUUGUGGUAGAGCUUUGGGGACGGCGAUUCCUACUCCUCAUUGGCUUCUCCACCUGCCUCAUAGCCUGCGUAGUGCUGACGGCCGCACUGGCGCUGCAGAACACCAUCUCCUGGAUGCCCUAUAUCAGCAUUGUCUGUGUCAUUGUCUACGUCGUAGGACAUGCCGUAGGACCCAGUCCCAUCCCUGCCCUGUUUAUCACCGAGAUCUUCCUGCAGUCCUCCCGGCCAGCCGCCUACAUGAUUGGAGGCAGUGUCCACUGGCUCUCUAACUUCACUGUAGGGCUCAUCUUCCCCUUCAUUCAAAUGGGCCUUGGUCCCUACAGCUUCAUUAUCUUUGCAACCAUCUGUCUCCUCACCACCAUCUACAUCUUCAUGAUCGUCCCAGAGACCAAGGGCAGGACAUUCAUUGAGAUCAACCAGAUUUUUACCAUGAAGAACAAGGUGUCAGACAUAUAUCCGAAGAAGGAGGAGGAGGAGCUUGACACCCUCCCACAUACUAUCUUGGAGCAGUAGCAGAGCCAGGCCACCAGCCUGCCUGGCCAGCCUGCAUGGACCUCCUGUCUAGACUUUGGUUCUGGAUUCUUGUCUGUGACCCUGGAAGAGAGAUGAGCCUGGUGGGAAAUGUCAGCCCCAUCACCAGCCUCCACUCAGUGGGAACAUCUGACUGCUUUGUGCUUUCCUGCUGCCUCUAACUAUAGAGGCCAGCCAUAGUCUCUUGGUCUCAUGCAGAGCCAUCCCUUGCCUUUGCUGGGUUGACUCUGGUGAGGGUCUUGUAACAUCGCUUUUCUAACAAAAAGAGUUACUGCAAGAUCAGAUGUGAUGAUCAUAUUUUACCAGCAAAACUGACUCUUGUGUCUUUCCUGUGGGCCUGGAGAGAACUCUGGCAUCUACUUGGGAUUGGUAUUGUCCUCUUUCCCUACCCAGCCAUGUCAUAAAGUGGGGGAACAGACCAUCUGCGAAGACACACUGAGCGUGGAUUAUUAACUGUAAACGAUACUACUUUGUAUAACCAAUAAAACAGAUAUGAUCACUUCUCA